GCGCCGCUGUAUUCGUAGUACAACGAUAAGCUUUUUUGUUUUUUUACUUAUUCUGCUUUGUUUUCUUCAUAUCAUUCUAAUUCCCACGAAAGAACGCCCAGUCCGGUUCAUCAGAGGAUAGUUGUCGCUUAGAUUCGUGCCGGAGUGACUCGCAGCGUCCGAGUAGAUGCCGAAAAUUCAUCUUCGUUAAACACCGACUGAAACCCCUCUUGACUUCUUAAAAAAACAAAACCGUCCACUCGCGAAACUACCGAAACGAAAUUUCGUCGUAAAUUAUUCGGAUUACUGGCUGUGCGAUACUAAAAUUUACCCUGAUACGAAAAUCUCUCAUUAUCCAAAAUACGAAUCGGUCACCAGCCCUUCAGGAAACAAUCAUAUUUUUUAUUUUUACGUUAAUCCUCGCUCGACCAUUUCUUCACGCGUUUUUUCAAUAAAAAUUCAUAAAAUAACGAAUUUGUGACUACUUAAGUGAUCCCAAAGAGUUAGGCAACGCUACGGAGUGUAAAAAACAAAAGAUAUCCUGAUUGGAAGAUUUUUUAAUCGUAAAGAUAUAUGAUUACUUUGUAACAUAACAAUGGAAAAUAAUAAAACUAUUUGUUGUGAUUCGGAAUUUCGAAUUUGAGGACCAAAGUGACGUUUAGCGAUUUUCAUAGCCUACGGCUCCGUCGUCAGAACUGAAGAGUGUUCAAAUUAGCGAGUGAAGAAAAUAUUUUAAAAACAUUUGGUUGAAAACCGAAAAUUGGAGAUUGACAUUUAGAGGGUUACGAUUCGGUGAUGCACGUGAAGCAGACAUUUGAUUAUAGGAAGAGAAAUUUGAGUGACUCCGCAGAGUUCGAGAGACAGAGUCAGGUCGUAAAAGUUGCUGUACUCGGUUAACUCGAAUCGAGAAAAUUGUGACUUAUGGUGUAUCGUUAUAUGAGAAACGGAGAGAAGACGAGAUUGAGGAAGAGUGACGGAGAAAUAAGAAAACGGGAGGGAGAGAAAGCGCGAAAGAUGCGCCAGUAUAACGAAAAUAGACCGGGGUUUCCUGCGGGAGGUUAUGUGUAAAGUUGAGUGAACUGUACACCAGGAUAAACCGUAUAUAUUUCGGGAGAUCUCAGAGUUACGCGAAAUCCAAAAUUUUCCACUCGCGAGUGAUGGCUCUUCCCCGAGGAAUGAGUUUCAUCAAUUUUCCCAAUUGACAAAAAACCACAAGAAACGAAAGCGUUGAGUGGUAGGCAAGGAAAAAAAGGAGUGCUCGCACGAGUUUAAAGAUUUUUUGUGCUCCAAAAGAAUUGCUUCGCGAUGGUCCGCAAUGCCCAAUGAAUUAGCCUGAUCUACGAUGCUCGAUGAAAUUGUGGAGCCCAGAAUAUUUAAUUAUACCUCGAAGAUAAAGACACGAUAAAGAGAUAAAACUGUACGAAAAACAGUAGAUGAGGCGAAGAAUCGAGGUUGAAAAUUGGUGCCGAGGUUUCCACGGCGAAAUCUCGCGUGCAACGAUAUACACGCUGCGUAUAAAUUGUUCACCAUCUCUUCGAACUUUUAUUGUACAGGUUGGCUACGGGCUGAGGUCCAAAACGAUAAAUGAAUGAAUCGAGCGUGUAGGGAGAGAGAGGGAGAGAGAAAGAACGAGAAAAGAGCGUGAAGCUCGUUGAUAAAUUUAUUGGAUUACGAGGUUUUGACAUGACGUGUGGUAUUUUUUAUAUCUCUUUUAUUCGGUCACAAAAUCCUCGAGAAUUUGCGAUACAGCAAAUACGCGAGGGCGAGAAUUCAUAGAUAGAAAAACACAAAAUCAAGCGUGCGGUAGAAGGAGAGAGGCAGAAAGAGAUAAGUGAAAAGAAGAGAAAAAAUCUUGCUCUCACUCGCGUGACUGCCCAGCGUGAAAAUAACCGAAAACCGCCUCCGAGCGGAGCGAUGAUAGCUCCCACAACUUUUUCCCUCUUUCCUCCACGAACACGCACACUGCGAAGGUAGACGAGAUGUACUUUCGUUUACGUUGAUGAGAGAUGAUCCCGCGAGUCCGUUGACUCUAGUGAACUUAUAAUUGAUUAUAUCGUCACCAGUGACGUACAGAAUUUCGCUGAACCAGUGCGAGUUCCAAGUGAAACAAAAAGGAGAAAAGCGAAAAAUGCGAAUGAGAAACGUUCGAGUGUGAAAAUGUCUCGACGCGAAGAGUCCUCCCCUGUGAUGAAUGAUGACUCGCCGCCUAUUAGUUACACCCGCAAUCGAGAGACAGAAGUAAAAAAUUUCCAAGAACUUGGAACGGACUCCUCAAUUUAAAUGUGACAUUGAAUUCAGAGAAAAACUUUUUUCUCAUUUUUUUCAUUUUUCAUGAUCGAACGAGUACAAAAGAGUUCUAGAUUUUGGCUGAGUCAAUGAAGCGAAUGAACAUUUAAACCGACGGGGAAGGUCGAAAUAACGAAAUGUCGUUUUGCAGGAUAACGGGGAGGAGUAGGGGCCUCCCCAAACCUAAUUAUUUUCCUCUUUUGCCACCGAUAAGUCCAGCCGAUGCUAAGAGGUUUUGCCGGAUAACCGGAAAGUCCUAUGGCCUGCCAACUCAUCAUUACAUUCCUGUGCUCCUCGGUGUUCAUACCAACGACAAAUCCAAAUGUCGAAUUACCAACGUAUCUGACACACUCGGUCAGCAUCAUUAUACCGGCGGAUUAAUAUUGGGGGAGAGGAAAAAGCACGUUAUUCUGAAGGACUAUCGGUACGUUUUUCCUGUAUUGAAGGACGACGAUGAGCAACAAAAAGUAUUGAGAGAUUUACUGAGCGCCAAAGAAACGCGGGACGAGGAGAAAUCGUUGAAGUUCGUUUAUACGGUUGACGAACGCAGAUGCAGUUUAGUUUUCCCCGCUAAGUUAGAAGCCGCCGUUCGGGAUGGUGACGUCAGAGACGUCAUGUUGUCGCGGGAUUGUGACACCGUCUUACUCCGACUGAAACAAGGCAAAAACGUAUCCGUCGAUUUUCGUAAUCUCGACGUCUUCGAAGAUCUCUACGAUGGCCUAGGACCUCGCCAGGACGUUCUUAAAGAACGCGAAAAAUUGGAGCAUGAAGCGAAAAAACGGAAACGAAAACGCGCCGCGGGUCUCAGCUAUGCGAAAAAAAUAUUUGAGGAUAAGGAGAAAGUUGCCGAUGAAGAAGAACUUCGAAAAACAAAGCAACUUAAACUUCGCAGCAUCAGAGAAGAGACCAGAUUGAAAGACGAGGAAAAAUUCGUCAGAUGGAAACACAUCGAUUUGGAGAAUGCUCGUUCACGUGCUACACAAUUGACAACAACUUCGGAAAGUCGGGAAACAAUAGCAAAACAUUUAACAACGAGCUGUGAUUGGAGAGAAAUUGAUGGAAAGGCAGAAAAAUUCGACGGGAUGCCUUUGAUUGACAAAAUUCCUACUCCGGUUCAAGCUGAACCGGAAAUCAUAGAUCUUGAGGCAACCGAAAUGGGAGCGGUGAUAUCUCCAAUUUCAACUGAGACCGGUGGUCUCGAAGCCAUUUCCGUUGUCAAGCCAUUUGUUCCGUUGAACGUCGUUCCUGAUGCGGGACUUCAACAUGCUCUGGAAACGAUUCCUUCUCACGAAUUGGAAGAGACCGCCGAUGUAACGUCGAAAUUUUUAGCCGUUGGUAAACAGGCACUCGAAGUUUUGCCGAGAAUCGAAGAGAUACCAGAAUUGGUGAAGAACGUUGGAGAUGGAAAAAAGCACACGAUGCACAACGUUAAGGGCUUAAAGAUCGAUGUGGAGUCUGCUCAGAGAUUCGUAACUGGACAGACAGUUGAAACACCAUCCGGACCGAUAUUUGUUCCAGGGCAAACUCUUAAAACACCCAAAGGCAAUGCUUUCGUGCCUGGUUUCACGGUCCACACUCCAGACGGCCCUCUCUUGAUACCCGGACAAAUAGUUACAGUAGCAGAAAAAAGCGGUGAGAAAACACCGGUCUUCGUUGCCGGGCAAACCCUCCCUACUAAAUGUGGUCAACGUUUUGUUCAGGGGCAAACGAUCCACACGAGCGAAGGAGCCAGAUUUGUAACCGGACAAACCGUCCUCACCGAAGAAGGCCCAAAAUUCGUCGCCGGCCAAAUUGUAACGGAGAAUAAUUUCGUGCCAGGACAAACCGUUCUUACCCCAACAGGAGCAAGGUUCAUGCCUGGCCAAACGGUGACCGAUCAGCAUGGCGAACAUGUUUUCAUGCCCGGACAAAGCGUGGAACAAAAUGGGACUUGGACAUUCAUAGCCGGACAAUGCCUCGCAUCAUCUACCGGAGAAUCGAUGUUCGUACCAGGACGAACUCUGGUAACCCCGGAAGGUCCGCGUUUCGUAGCGGGUCAAGAUGUCAUUUCGAAUACAGGUCAAUCUCACUUCGUUCCUGGAAUCGCUGUCGACUCUAACGGCGGGCUUAAAUUUGUACCUGGAACUACCUUAGAAACACCACAAGGUCCGAAAUUCGUGGAAGGUCAAAUGAUGAAAACUCCGGACGGAGUGAGAUUCGUGCCAGGUUCUACAACAAGCAUCAAAAGUAGUGGGACCUUUGAAUUUGCAGCAGCCAAUAGCAUGAAUGACUUGGUGUUCAUGGAAGCAACUCCAACGGGAAUUCCAGUAGACCCAAAAACUGCAAGCGCCAUUCCACUUUUGCAGCAGCAAGAGGUGUAUGGUCAUAUGGUGCAAACGGAUGACGGGGUUGAAUUCAUUCCCGAAUGGACUCAGAAAUAUCCCGAAGGGAAAAGAAUCGUGCCGGGUCAACUGGUGCGCGGUGGAAAAGACAGUCCCAGGUUCGUACCUGGUGUUAUGACUGAAGAGGGAUUCUUGCCGGGCCAGAUAGUCAUGACCGAAAAAGGAGAACAGUUUGUCCCUGGCCAAGUCGUAGAUACAAGCACGGGUCCGAAAUUCGUGCCUGGGCGAAUGGUGGAAACUCGAAGUGGUUCCAAAUUCGUUCCAGGACAAACAGUCGAAACGGAAGAUGGUCCACGUUUUGUUCCCGGCCAGAUUGUCCAGACGAAAGUUGGCCCCACGUUUAUUCCCGGUCAGGUGAUAUCCAUGGAGGACGAAGGUUCGAGAUUCGUACCUGGGCAAGUUGUCGAUACGCCGGAAGGUCCCAGAUUCGUUCCGGGGCGAGUGGUAGAGUCAGGAAAACACGGCGUGACCUUUGUGCCUGGUCAAAUUGUACAAACGGAGGAAGGGCCGCGAUUCGUUGCUCCUGAUCUGACAGAUACCCCGGAAGGUGAGAUGGAAUUCUCCGUCCAGGGCUUCGAAGUGACUCCUGAAGAGUUGGGGCUCUUAAGACCCCAACAUCUCCAGUACAAUGCUCGUUCCCACAUUCAUCAAGGUGAAACAAGCAUCGACGCUCGCAUGCUGCGACAAUUGUCCGAAGCUGGAAUGUCAGUCGGUCGUAAAGUGCCAGCCAAUUUGCCGAAUGUAGAUGUCGACGUCGAUCCAACUGCUGUUGCUCUUGAACACGCAUUGGUCAUUGCUGAACAGUUAGGAUUGCGAGGGAACUCCGCAAUCCAAAUGGCACAGGUGACAUCGACCAUAUCACAAUUGGCAAAUAAUAUCGUGAAGCAACAACAGCUGCAGCAAUCAACGACCAUGGUAACGAACGGAAAGCAAUCGUCAGCUUGGCUCGUAGCUAAUGGAAAUAAGGAAAAUGGGAGUGGCGACAGUGGAGUGAAUUGGUUAACGGAGGCAGUGAAAGCUUCGAUAGCAGCUGCCGUAUUAGCGAUCACUGACAGCAGUGAUGAAGAAUCUUUGAAAAAUGGUGAGCCAACCGAUCAGAGCUACGUUCUGUCAUCCAUCAGCGAAGCUUUUAACGUAGUACUGCGACGAGGUUCAACCUCGAUCGAUCAAUCAGUCAGCGAGGUUCUAAAAAUCCUUCUCGUGUCCGAUAAUCGUACGACUCUGUGUCAGGAAGCGAUGCUUGAUCUCCUCGAAUCGAGUAGCAAUAAAAUUGAUAUUCUAAAGUCAACGGUAGUGGGACAAACUUUAAAAGAUGAUAUUGUCAUGGAGAGAUUAUCAGCGGUUUUAGACGAGGAAGUUGGCAGCGAUCUGGUCGGUUCGGCAUUCAGAAAUGUUUCAAGAGGCGAUCCGGAAUUGGUUUCAAGAGUUUUGCAGAGAAUAUCCCAGGAAGUAGGUGGCGUAGCGACGGAAAAAGAAGCUGCGGAGACUCUUCACAAGGCGAUUGUCCACGCGGUGGGUGAAUCGAGUGAGUUGCGAGUGAAGGAACUUUUGAGUGACGAGGGAUCGCAGGUGAGAGAAUUGCUUCUCCAAGCUGUAGGGUUGGCCAGAGCCCUGGGAAUGUCUUCCACAGCCAGCAGUCUUUUGGCGGUUAUAAGCGACGACGAGUCCACCCAAGUUUUGGCUGGUGACAAGUUGACUCUGGACAUUCUCAAGAGAUUGACAGUGAUGAGAAAAUUGGCCGAGGAAAGGCCUCAAUUCGUCAGUGCGUUGAGAGACUUGUGCAGCGAUCCAGAAUUGGCCAGAACGGACCCACGCUUGAGAACUCUUGUCCGAGAAAGCGCCGCAUUGAUGAUUGUACCGGAGGAGAUUCCGCUCAAGUCCUCGGUCGACGUGCCGUCUUCGCUCUUGCGGGCGGAAAACAGCCUUGCAAUGGAGGAGUUUUUGAUGAGACGUAGACACGGACCAUCGAAAAUCUUUAUGAUCCUGAAGCAGGGUAUUCAAGCUGUCGUACCGAGAGAAGCUUCUCGAGCUGUGCUCACGGGUCAGGUCGCUUAUACAGUCCUCGAUGAAAAUGGCAUUACAUAUUUCGAGCCUUUACACGUUUUCUCUGCACUUCGUCUGAACAAACCAGCCGCCCAUCGCUUUUCAAUGUAUGCAUGUCCCGUGGCCGGUGACGAGGAUUAUUUCGAUGCCGAAAUGACAUCGACCUUGACCAUCGGUAGCGUAUCAGGAACGUCGACCAACAGCCCAGAUGGUUCUUGCAACGGAAACUUCUCUGGCUUCCAACAACAUUAUCGGCAACAUCAAGAAUGCGCCACCAACGGUGGCGUCACUUUGACGAGAUCCGAUCGUACUGAAGAAAUAUCUUCGAGUCCCGAAAACACACCGAGCUUUCGUAAGCUCAGCAGCCUUUACGCCGACAGCUGCUAUGACAGGAAAUCCGUGGAAAAUUUUAUCGUCAUCAAGGAUUACGUCGCCGAGGACGAUGAAGGAUUUUCCGUGAAUGUCGGUGACAUCGUCGAAGCCGUUGAUUAUUUGCACGAUUCUACCAAGAAAUUGAAGAUGGACGCGGAUUUAGAGGUUGGCCAUAUCGGCGAACGAUUGGACAACUCAGCAGCUAAGCACAAGUUGUCAAUACGACCGAGAAGGAAAUACGUGGAUCCUCGAUCUCGACUGAUCACAAGAUCGAAUUCAGACUCCGAUAUCCAUAGAGCACUCGUCCGGAAAAUCGAUGGACGCGAAGGAUGGCUUCCAGUCUCGAUUCUCAUGCAAACAGCCCUCAGCGAGGACAGCUCGACUCUCACGAGUCACCAUCGACCCGAAGACUCCCAAUACCGAAGAGAAGCUGUCGUCAAGGAAUUGGUCGAAACGGAGGAAGAGUUUGGCAGGGACAUUCAACAGGUCGUUGAAAGAUAUUUGAAGCCACUGGACACUCCGGGAGUGCCGAGAACAGUUCGUGACAAUAAAGAAAUCAUCUUCACGAAUCUCAAACAAAUAGCUGAUUUUCAUAACACAUCUUUCGGCAGGGUUCUCAUCGAGGGUGUAAAGUACUAUGCCGACCAGCCACGAAUGCUCGGAAAAACAUUUUUGAGAUUGGAAAGAGAUUUCGACAAGCACGUGGCUUACUGUCGAGACGAGCCUGCAGCUCAGGAACUUUUACAAACGAACGAGCAAGUCCGAGAAUAUUUCGAGGAGCUGAGCCAGACCCUCGGAGACGACAAGAGCGUUUCGGAACACCUUAAGCUUCCGAUACAACGCAUCAACGACUACCAGCUCCUACUCAAGGAGCUGGUGAAAUAUUCGACCCGGCUAGGCGAAAAUUGCGACGACCUCCAGAAGGCUCUGGAGUUGAUGCUUGGUAUUCCCCAUAGAGCGACCGAUAACAAGUUCAUAAGUAAUAUCGAAGGCUACAAAGGGAAUAUUCACAAACUUGGACGACUGUUGACUCACGAGUGGUUCACUUUCAUCGAGAAAGACGGCAAGAGCAAGGAGAGAUAUUUGUUUCUCUUCAAAGCUCGUAUUCUCGUGUGCAAAGUACGACGGAUCUCAGACGACAGAUCAGUUUUCGUUUUGAAAGAUAUAAUCAAAUUGCCGGAAGUAGAAGUAAAGGAUCAUCCGGAAGACUUGUGUACGUUCGAGCUUCACAGUCCCUCGGGUGCAUCGGGCUAUCCGCUGACGCUCGUAGCGCACAAAGAUCCAGUGAAGAAAUAUUGGCUCAAGGAGAUCCGAGAGUACGCGAGCGACCAGGUGGCAUUGGCAGAGCACGCGGCGGACGAUUUGCAACUGUCAGAAGUGCCGGAGACUGGUGAAGAUCAAAAAGAUCGGGUGAGGCCGGAAGGGGCGAGGAUCGAGCCACCGAAGUUGAAACCGGAGGAGCUAAAAACAAAAACCGAACCUUCGAAGUCGUUGGCAGCGAAGCCAGAAGCGACUAAGGCUGUGGCUAAACCGGAAGUCCCCAAGGAACCGGAGGCUGUCAAAGCAGCCCCCAAACAGGAAGCUGCUGUACCAGCUCCUAAACCGGAAACUGUUAAACAACCGGAAGUGGUCAAACCAACUGCUGGACCGGAAGCUCCAAAAAUAACGGAAGUUCCCGAAACUAAAGCUCCUGAGAAAAGACGAGACAGUAAAACUAAGACCGAAGACACGGCCAGCAAAAAAAUCAAAACUGAAGAAGAAAUGUCGGGCCAAUUUUCUGCCAGUAGUCGCUUCAGUGCGUCUACGCGAGUCGUCGAGGAGUAUUCAUCGGUGUCGAGUAGUCGUAAUGCCGUUUCCUCGUACGUGGAAUCGUCAGUAUCGACUGCGGCCGAGAAAACGUCCUCGUCGAGUUACGCGAGCGCCGGAAAAGUGACUGAAACAUCGAGCUCUUACGAAAGCGCUGUUAGUGGCUCUUCCAUGAGCGCUGACACCAAAGUCGAGAAGCUCGCACUCAGCGCCACUGAGACUGGAAGGCCCGUUUUCGUUAAGACCAUCGAGGGCAGCACUGCCGAACCAAUGCGAGCAAAAAAGGGUGUGAUACACAUCAUAGCCGGUGAAAAUGCUUCCUUCGAGUGCACCAUGGCUUCCGGUACCGAUACUACCAAAAUGCAAUGGUUCAAGGACAACAAACCUUUGUCGGACAAACUCGCCGAUCGUGUCGUCAUCAGCUCGACCGAAAAUACUUUCAAACUCACCAUCAAACAUGUCCUCGAAGCUGAUUCCGGUAUUUACACUGCUCGAGCAGCGAACGGGGAUGGAAAAGCUUCUUGCACUGCUCAACUCGUAGUGCAAAAUCUUACGCCGGAAGAAAAGAAAGCUCGAGCCGAGGCGAAUGCACCAAUUUUCCUGGUCAGUUUGAAAGACACCGAGCUACUGGAAAACACUUAUCUCCGAUUCAUGAUCAAGGUUAAAGGAGAUCCGAAUCCCGAACUCAAGUUUUUCAAAGACGACGUGCCGAUAGACUCGAAGAACGAGCGCGUGAAGAUCGUGACGGAAAAAUCCGAGAGUGGUUUUUACGAAGUGGUGAUAUCGGACGUGCAGAAGCAAGACGCAGGAAAAUAUUCGUGCAAAGCAAAGAAUCGCUUCGGUGAGGCGAGUUCUGAGGCGACAGUGUCAGUGACGGAUGAGAAGACGAUAUUCGCAGGUCUCCCAGAGGGUUUCUUGGAGGCGGGAACCGAACCGAAUUUCAAGUGGUUGAGAGAUGGCAAACCGUUCGAUCCGGAGGAGAGAUUCAAAGUUUUGUUCGAAGACAAAGAGGACACUUUGGCGCUGGUUUUUCAGCAUGUCAAGCCCGAAGACGCCGGUCUGUACACGUGCGUGGCGCAAACGAACACGGGAAACAUAAGCUGCAGCGCGGAAUUGACGGUCCAAGGCUCGGUGAAUCAGUUGUUGAAGGAUCCGGCGAAACCGGCGCUCGGAACGGAGUCAAAGCAGUCGGAAGUGAGCGCAGGUGGCUCCGCGAUGCUGGAUCUUCAAGUAAAGGGCUAUCCAAAACCCGACAUUACAUGGACCAAGGAUGGCCAGGAAAUCGUCGCCGGUGGGCGAAUAAAAUAUCUCUGGGAGGACGAAGAAUCGCUCUCCCUCGUGAUAAAAAACGUGACCGUUCAAGACGCAGGCACUUACGUGAUCCGAGCGAAAAACGAACUGGGCGAAGACACUACACAGAUCGAGUUGAUCGUCAAAUCAGCUCCAAAAUUCGUGAAAAAGAUGAGCGAUUUCUCGUCCUACAUCGAACAAGACGUCAGCAUGAGCGUACAAAUCGCUGCUUCACCGGCACCCGACGUCAAGUGGUACAAAGACGGCCAACUCCUUCAGGACUCCGAUCGAAUAACCAUUAAAAAAGAAACCAACGACACGUACACCCUCAACAUCAGAGAAGCUCGACUCGACGACGCCGGCUCUUAUUCCGUCGUUGCCAAAAACGAAAUAAGCCAAACUUCCGAAUUUUGGAAGUUCGAUGUCAAGUGCCCGCCGAAAAUCACCAAGAAAUUGGGCGAGUCGAGAAUCGUCAACGAAGGAGAAACUCUCAACUUACAAAUCGAAGUCGAAACCUUCCCCGAACCCACUGUCGUUUGGCUCAAAGACGAAGAAAUCAUCGUUGAAACUGAACGCAUCAAAAUUACCUCCGACGGAGGCAAACACGCUCUCAAAAUCACUGGCACUGUCAGCACCGAUGCUGCCACUUACAAAGCUGUCGUUACCAACAAAGAUGGAAAAACCGUCGAUCAGACUGGAAUCGAGGUUCGAAGUGCUCCCCGGUUCAAAACCCAAUUAUCGGACGUCACGGCGAAGGAAGGUGACGUCGACGUCGCCCUUGAGGUCGAAGUCGGUGGUUUUCCAAGGCCGAGUGUUCAAUGGUAUAUCGGAGACGUCGAAAUAACGGAAACUCGAAAAGAGUUCACGAGGGUCGAAGAGGGUGACAAUUACAAACUGAUAAUCAAAGAAGUGAAGACCGAACUGUCCGGAAAGUACACGUGCAAGCUGAAAAACGAGUACGGGGUGAAUUCCAGCAGUUCGAACUUGACGGUUAAUUGUCGUCCGAAGAUCGUGAAGAAGUUGGUCGACGUUAAGUGCAAAGAGGGCGAAACCCUCAAGCUCAAAGUUGAAAUUUCCGGAACACCUGAUCCCGAAAUCAAAUGGUUCAAGGAUGGCGAAGUUCUUGAAGUUUCCGCUGAUGCGAGGAUCAAAAUAACUCGGGACAAACAACGCAAGGAAAGCUACGAUCUCACGUUGAACCUUCUCAAGGGAUCGGACGGCGGCGUUUAUGAAGUCAAAGCCGAAAACGAAAUGGGCUCCAUUUCGUGCAAGAGCAAAGUCAUCGUUUUGACCAAGGCGGAGGAAGCUGCGAUCGAGGAAGCAGAAAAAGCGAAAAAAGCCAAAGAGCUGGAAGCCGAGGAAAGGAAACGGGCCGAAGAAGGACCGGAAGGUCCCCUGAGAACGGAGAAACAGAGCGUUCAAGUAAUUAAGGGAGAAGGCGAUACGAUUACGAUUUCAGUGGCAUCGACGACGACCCACGAAGCGUUGCUCACAGGUCCCGACGAGAGGCACACGAUUAGCAAAAUGACAUCGACUAAGGUCGAGUUUCAGGAGUUGAGUUCAGAGGGUCCGAAGUUCGAGGAGAUCGCAUCGUACAGUUACACGUUGCACGAGGACAGCGAAUCGAAACCGUCGAACGGUAUGUUAAUCGAAGAGUAUUCGGAAAGCGAUGAAAAUUCGAAAGCAAGGUUGAAAGUAAAUCGCGGCGUUUCUAUCGUUUCGAUGACGUCCGAUGACGAGUCGACGCUCAAAGCGCUGUCACGCGACGUCAGUUCCGAUGAUAUUCACAACGCCGAGCUCGGAUCGUUGAACGGAAUCCACGAGGAGAUUUUUACUCAAAAUGGCAAAAUAAUCGAAGAAAAAAGUAUUGAAAACGAAACCCCGUAUGGGGCGAUGCGGUACACCGAAACCAUAAUGGAAGAACGAUCGAUCGAAGAAUCUUUGUCUGGAAAAAUACCGGUCAGAACCGAAAUCGUUGAAACUUCGAAAACACAUCGAGCUUCGAUCGUCGAAGGACGAUUUUCUCGACAAUCUUCCAAGGAGACUCAAAAAACUGUCGAUAACGAUGACAACUCCGGUCCGGUGAACGGAACAUUUUCUAGACAAUCCUCCAAAGUCCAUGAGCCUCGGACUCCCGAGAUCCAAAAUGGUAGUCUGUCUCGACAGUCUUCAAAGAUAUCAAGAGUCGACUCGAGCGAAGAAGAAAUUGCGAAAAAGGUCGAUCUCGAAGAGCCCCAAACUCCGCAAAUUCAAAAUGGCAAUUUAUCUCGACAAUCUUCCAAAAUAUCGAGAGUCGAUUCGAUCGAAGAAAAAGUUGCGAAAACGGUCGAUCUGGAAGAGCCCCGAACUCCGGAGAUUCAAAAUGGCUAUUUGUCUCGACAGUCUUCCAAAAUAUCAAGAGUCGAUUCGACCGAAGAAGGAGUUGCGAAAAAACUCGAUCUGGAAGAGCCGCAAACGGCGGUGAUGCAGAACGGAAAACUUUCUCGAGAAUCCUCAAAAAUCUCACGCCUUGAAUCCGCCGAAGAAAAAAUGGUGACUAAAAAUGAUCUGCCAAAAAGUGAGGCUGGAAUUCUCGAAGAGGGUAAAAUGUCUCGACAGAGCUCUAAAAUUGGAAGAUCCGAGUCGGUCGAAUCAUCGAAAGGAAAAAUCGACAGCGUUUCCAGACAAAACUCACAAAAAGCAACGAUAGACAAUGACGAAGACAUCGAUCCUGAAAUGGAAGCACUUUUCGAUCGCAUUAAACGUCAGCGAAGCGUUCUCAGUGAUAUUCUCGAUAAGGAAGGCGAAAGCGAAGAUUCAGCUGCCCCAGCAAUCGUGAGUUCCGAUUUCGCCGAUUGUACGAUUUACGAAACUCAGAGUGCAACGUUCACGAUAAAGGCAUCCGGACUGCCCCGACCCGAUGCCAAAUGGUUCAAAGACGGAAAACCGCUGAGAGCCGCUGACAAAGCCAAAGCUGCCUAUGCCGGCGACACUCACACACUGACCCUCAACAAAGCGAUGGAAACUGAUACAGCGCUCUAUCAAUUGGUCCUCACGAAUAAACUCGGGGAAAAAAGUAUCGAUGCUUUUAUCGAAGUUGGACCCGAAAGCGACCUCAGGAAGGCCAAUUUCACAACACCUCUCGCUGACAUUAAUGUUGAGAAAGAUGGGACCGGAGUUUUCACGGCGGUUCUCACUGCUGAUCCGGUGCCUGACGUUGUUUGGUCGUUGAACGGCAAAGAAAUAUCGCCGGAGGACGAGAGAAUUCGUAUGGAUCUUCAGCAUAAAACAGUAACCGAUCGUCUCGAAGAAUGCACGAUAACUCUUACGAUACCGAAUUGCGGGGUCGAAGACAUCGGUAAAUGCUCGGUCAAAGCUUCCAAUAAGUGGGGCGAGGCCAGUUGCAGUGCCGAUCUCGAUCUCCUCAUACAACCUGAGAUCCUCGAGUUCAAAGACAUAAACGCUGCCGUGGAGGAACCAGCUAAAUGGGAAGUGACCAUUAAAUCAAAUCCGAAAGCGAAUUUGACGUGGGAAAAAGACGGCCAAGUUUUGGACGACGAGACGAGAUUCGGAGCUGAAGAAGACUACAAAAACAUGAAAUAUCGCCUCGUGAUGAAACAAGUCCAGUACGAAGACGCUGGACGGUACAAAGUCACCGCAACCAACUACUUGGGCGAAGACACCGCUCAGGCCGAAUUGAUACCUUACACCGAGCCACCAACCUUCGUCCAGGGUCUCGUAGACGGUGCGGUUCGUUGCGAUCUUGGAAUCGAGUUCAAGAUCGAAGCAGCUGGAAUAGCACGACCAAAGGUGAAAUGGUAUUUGAACGGUGACGAAAUAGUGAACGACAGUCGCCACACGAUUGAGACAAGGACCGAGGAGCACGUGUUCAGUACACUGAAAAUUCGGAAUUUCGAAGCUUCGGACGAGGGAGAAUUGUCCUGCGUCGCGACGAAUCUCGCUGGUAAAUGUACAUCGAGAUGCAACGCUUCGAUGAUUCGCCUUUCGCCAACUUUCGAGUCGAAACUACCGAGGUCAGCUCAAAUCGACGAGGGCCAACCACUGGAGCUAACGGCACAGGUCGACGGAAGUCCUUAUCCAACUGUGGCCUGGUACAAAGACGGCGAAAAAAUAGUGCCCGAUGAGCACGUGAAGAUCGAAAAGUUACCAAACGGUUUGACCAAGCUCACCAUCGAUAAAGUACUGCCUACGGAUUCCGGGGCUUACAAACUCGUCGCGAAAAAUUCCAAUGGCGAGAAUUCGGCUCUUUGUGCAGUCGCAGUCAAACCUCUACCGAGAAAACCAUCGUUCGAGAAGCCCUUGGAAGAUGUGCACGUCGUCGUCGGCGAGCCCCUUAAACUGGAGGCUCAGGUCGUAGCUUUCCCAAGCCCAGAAUUGCAAUGGUUCAAAGACGGUCUGCCGAUAAGGCCAUCGAAAGAGAUCGAAUUUAUCAACGAACCGAAUGGGCUCAUGGGACUUUCGAUUGACGAAGCGAGAGCCUCGGAUUCCGGAACUUACGCCCUCGUCGCCUCGAACAAACAUGGCGAAAUAACUGGAACAGCGAACGUUGAGGUCGAAGAAAAGGAAAAACAACCCGGCUUCCUCGCGACUCUCCACCCUGUCAAAAGCGUCGAAGGCUUCGCUGCCAAGUUGGAAAUAAAAACUGUGGGAAAACCCAAGCCUACACUCAAGUGGACUCACAACGGAGAAGAAAUCAUUCCGGACGGUAAGCAUCUGAAGAUUAUUGACCAACCGGAUGGGACUCAGGCAUUAUUAAUCGAGAAAGUGAGACCGGAGGAUGGAGGGGAUUACGAAGUGGUAGCAGAAAAUUCCCAAGGUGCGAUAUCGAGCAAAGGAAGUUUAGAAGUGAUACCGAAGGGUCCGAGGGAGGGACCGGAGCAAAAGCCGUCGUUCCUCAGUCCGAUGCGAGAUGUUUCGGUGGAGGAAGGCGAUGCCCUGAUCUUCAGUGUGCCUUUCGCCGGGAAUCCAAUACCGGAAGUCUCGUGGACGAAAGAUGGAAAGCCAUUGGAAUGUUCUGAUCGCGCUAUAAUAACUUGCGACGGUAGUAAAAUCGGUUUGGAAAUUUAUCCUAGCGAAAUAAGCGACGGUGGAACUUACGGGUGUGAAUUGAAGAGUCCACUCGGUGACGACCGAACCAGCGCCCACGCGAUCGUCCGCAAGGUUUACCAAAAGCCACAUUUCACCCAAACCUUCACCGACCUCCAACAAGUCGCCGAUUUCGAUGCCAAGUUCAUGGCCCGUGUCAGCGGCGUUCCCAUGCCCGAUAUUGCUUGGUACUUCAACGACAAACCGAUCAUUCGCGACACUGACAAAUACAAAAUCAAAAGGGACGGGGACGCUUGUUGUCUUUAUAUCAGAAAUUGCGCCUCGGCCGAUACUGGACGUUACAAAUGCAAGGCUGUCAACAAAGACGGCGAGGCGGAAUGUCAAGCUCGGCUGAUCGUCGUCGAUGAAAUUGACAGGAAACAAAAGGUCGAGCCACCAUCCUUCUUGAAGAAAAUCGGUGAUUGCGAAGUCUAUAAAGGAAUGACGGCAAAGUUCACGGCUUGCGUAACCGGUAAUCCGGAGCCAGCCUUCGAGUGGUACAGAAACGACGAGAGAGUGUGGCCGACCGAUCGUAUAAAAAUGGAGGAAGAAGGAAGCGGUUUACUGCGCUUGAUUAUUCAGAACGUUGAGGAACACGACGUCGGUAAAUACAGCUUAAGAAUCUACAAUCCCCAUGGAGAGGAAACUUGUCACGCAGAAAUUCGUUAUGAAACUUUGGAGCCCCGAACGAAGAAGCCACUGGCAGAUCAAUACCAAGAUUACGACAAGUACCGAAAAUCAGGAAUUCCGUUACCAUUGGCCGACCGUCCGAUAAUAAGUCGAAUGAUGGAUCGUCACUUGACAUUAUCGUGGCGCCCAUCGAUACCCAUUGGACCACGUGUACCGGUGACGUACUUGGUCGAAAUGUGUGAAUUACCGGACGGCGAUUGGUUCACAGCACGCACGGGAAUAAGAAGUUGCGUUUGUGACAUAAGAAAUUUGGAGCCUUUCAGAGAUUACAAAUUCCGUAUAAGAGUCGAGAACAAAUACGGGAUAAGCGAUCCUUCGCCAUUCGCUCAAACUUAUCGCGCCAAGCUCGAGCCUGAUCCGCCUAAAUUCCAUCCUUAUUUACCGCCUGGCAUUGACUUCCGUCCCGAGACCAGCCCCUACUUCCCUAAGGACUUCGACAUCGAACGUCCACCCCACGACGGUUAUGCUCAAGUUCCACGUUUCCUCAGACAAGAAUUCGAUACUCAAUACGGCGUGAAAAAUCACAACUGCAAUCUUUUCUGGUUCGUUUAUGGUUAUCCAAAGCCAAAAAUGACUUAUUAUUUCAACAACGAACUCAUCGAGUCCGGCGGUGGCCGUUACGACCAAACCUACACCCGCAAUGGACAAGCCACUCUCUUCAUUAACAAAAUGCUCGAACGCGAUGUUGGCAUGUACGAAGCUGUUGCGACCAAUGAACAUGGGCAGGCCAGGCAAAGAGUGCGCCUCCAAAUCGCUGAAUAUCCUACCUUCGUUCAACGACCUGAAGAAACUGUUAUUAUGAUGAGACGUAAUGGACAAAUCCAGGCGAGAAUUAUCGGUAUUCCUUAUCCUGAAAUCAAAUGGUACAAAGACUGGAAACCCAUCACUGAAACCAGCAGAAUUAAGAUCGUUUCCCUGGAGCCUGACAUAUCGAUCCUCAUAUUGAACGACGUGAUAGCAAAGGACACGGGAUUGUAUUCGAUCAGUGCGAGAAACGUCGCGGGCUCGGUUUCGAGUUCGGCGAUGAUACACAUCGAGGAUAACGAACACGAUUACGGUUACCGAACUUACACGCGUCUGAUCGACGUGAAACCACGCGCUAAACCAUUAGACGAUUUCUACGACCUGGGAGACGAGCUGGGUCGGGGAACACAGGGAAUAACUUAUCACGCUGUCGAGAGAACUACCGGAAACACUUUCGCAGCGAAAGUUAUGCACGGAAAGGGUGAAGUUAGACCGUUCAUGUACAACGAGAUGAGCGCUAUGAAUCAUCUCAGCCACCGAAAAUUAUUGCGUCUCCACGAUGCUUUCGAAACCGACGGAUCUUUGACUCUCGUUAUGGAAUUAGCCGGUGGUGGUGAACUCGUGGAUAAUUUAACCAAACAAUCCUACUACACCGAAUAUGAAAUAGCUGGAUACAUCAGACAAGUCCUGCAAGGAUUGCACUACAUUCACGACAACAAUUGGGCACAUCUCGGACUUACUCUCGGCGAUCUAUUGAUUUCUCAUCCAGGAGGAGACGACUUGAAAAUCGGUGAUUUUGGUCUAGCUCGAAGAAUCGCUUUUGGUAGAUUGAUGACUCUCGUUUACGGAAUGCCCGAGUACGUUGCGCCGGAAGUUGCUAACGGUGAAGGAGUCAGUUACGGCGCCGACAUGUGGUCCCUCGGAAUAAUCACUUACAUUUUGUUGUCCGGAGUCUCGCCUUUCCGGGGUAUCAACGAUCGAGAAACGCUCACUAAAAUCAAAGAAGGCCACUGGGAAUUCGAGGAAAGUUGGUGGUGCAACAUUUCCGAAGAUGCCAGAGAUUUCAUCACCCGUUUGCUCUGCUACACCGCUGAAGGACGGUUGGACGUUGUUAGAGCUCUCCGUCAUCCUUGGCUCAAUCUCGCAGAUAAACCUCACGCCGACGCGUACAAAAUACCGUCAGAGAAUUUGAAAAAUUACUACAAACUUUAUCGAGAUUGGUACAGCAACGCUUCCUGCCGUACGUGGUAUCGUAGACGCAGACUGAGCGGAGCCUUCGAGCAUCCUUCGAAAAUGGUCUACCCACCUGGACAAAAAUACACGCCUGAGCCCAGCCCUGAAAGGAGUUACAGUCCAUCGAAAAAGCCAACAACGAGAACGUGGGAAAACCGCGUUCCUUCUCGUGAGCCAAUUGACACUGAAAUUGGAAUGUUUUCCAAUGAGAGUCACUACCAGAAUGGACCCGAUACUUAUCUGCUCCAACUCCGAGACACUGAUUUUCCAGUCAGGCUUCGCGAAUACAUGAAAGUAGCAAACAAUCGUGGUGCUGGAUUUGCAAGGACGAUAUGUGACGACAAUUCCUAUGAUUGGAGGACUCCAAUAAUUCGAGAACGUCGUCGUUUCACGGACGUAAUGGACGAGGAAAUCGACGAUGAGCGUAAAGCCCGAAUAAAUAAUUAUGGGGCAAACGAUUGUCACACGUUGAGGCGUUUGAGACACGAAUUGGGUACAAGAUUGGACAGUUACGCGGAGGCCGAAGCGAUGAUGGAAACGAAAAAAGGUGGAAAUUUGCCAUUUUUCCGUGAAAAGCCACAAAUAUUACCGAUCGAGGGUGGCAAAUGCGCUCAGCUUUGUUGUCUCGCCGUUGGAAAUCCAAGACCGGCUAUACAGUGGUUCAAAAACGAUUUAGUCAUCCAGGAAGGCAAUCGUAUUCGAAUUAUCGAAGACACCGAAGGCAGAUCGAUGCUCAGUUUCAAUCCGGCUCGAGAACAUGAUGUUGGAAUUUAUAAAGUCGUGGCGAGAAACAAAGUUGGACAAACGGUCGCAAGGACGAGAGUCGUUUUGGCCACGGUGCCCGGAAUCCCUAAUGCACCCGAGGUUGGCGGUGUAUCAGAUACGGAAGUAUUAUUGCGUUGGAAACCACCGAAGGACGACGGGAAUUCGGAGGUAUUGUGUUACAAUCUGCAGUACAAAGCAGGAGAUGCGAUCGAGUGGAUCGAUGCAGCGAGUAACAUAGACCACGAGUUUUUCUUGGUUCGCGAUUUGGUACCGGAGACGAGUUACAAUUUCCGUUUGGCAGCGAGAAAUCGUAUUGGCUGGAGCGAGAAGGGAUUGUUGACAAAUCUCGUGCAAACGAAACCGGCUGGGACAGCAAAAUUGCAAAUAACGAGAGCGAUGAGACAUCUUCAGGCAUUAACGGAAAGCGGACAGGAAAUAGUUCUCGAAGAGGACAAGCCACACAUCGAUUAUUCGGUCGAAGAUCAGCCCUUGGAUUGGACAAUAGAUACUCAUUUUACUGAACGUUACAGCUUUAUAUCGGAGGUUUGCAAAGGCCAAUUCUCCAGGGUUGUCAAAGGCUCCGAAAAACUCACGGACAAAAUGGUCGUCGCUAAAUUACUCGACGUAAGACAGCAACUCCAGGAACAGGUCGGUCGCGAAUUUCAAGCUCUACGAUCAUUGAGACACGAGAGAAUAGCCAUUCUCGAAGCUGCUUACUGGGCUGCCGAUUCACCCGUUGCUGUCCUCAUCCUCGAGAAGCUCCAAGGCGCUGAUGUUCUUACAUAUCUUGCUAGUCGUCACGAAUACACGGAAAAUUGUGUCGCAACCAUUAUCACUCAGGUUCUCGAUGGACUCCAAUAUCUUCACUGGCGUGGCUACUGCCACUUGAACAUUCAACCGGACAACGUUGUAAUGGCAUCGCUCAGAUCGGCACAUGUGAAAAUAGUCGAUAUGGGUGAAGCCCGUAAAGUUUCGAAGCUCGGUACCGAAAUACCGAAAGUCGGACACCCGGAGUAUCGAUCGCCCGAGGUCGAAAACGAGGAAUUGUGUUAUCCACAAACUGACAUCUGGAGUGUGGCUGUUCUCGGUUACGUUCUCAUGUCCGGAGCUUCACCCUUCCGGGGCGGUGAUCACAAUGAAACGAGACAAAAUAUUUCUUUCGUUAGAUACAGAUUCGAGUAUCUUUUCAAAGAAAUCAGCCAGGAAGCGACCAGAUUUUUGAUGCUUCUGUUCAAACGAACUCCGAGCAAACGACCAACAGCAGAAGAAUGCCACGAGCACAGAUGGCUUCUGCCAACUGAAUUCAUGAUAAGAAAACGUGAGAGAGCGAUAUUCCCAGGCAGCAGAUUGAAAAAUUACAACGAGGAAUAUCACCAGGAAAAAAAUAAAUUAGCUUCGAGCAACGACAGUUUGGCUGAGGCUUUCGGCGCGAUUCGUCAGUUGAACAGAUCGAACAGCAUACAGGACGAGCUCAUUACGUCUUACGAAGUUGAAGAGUGAAAAAGAGCUUUUUCCAGUGAAAAUCAUUGUAAUAUUGAUGAAAAAAUCGUAACCGCGAUUCAAUAAUUGCGCGAAAAGGAAAAUUACAAAAAAAAAAAAAUAUACGAAAGAGCUCCAGUGCUGAAAAAAAUGGAGAGCACUAUGAUAAACGACGAAUUUGUGAUUUUUUUCUUUCUCGUCUUAUUCACCACAAUUUUCUCCUUUUUUUUUGUUAAUUAUUUAUUUGUUACAACUUGUAAUUAUUUCUAUGGCGGCCAUUUCGGCGUCUUCGUUUCGUAGAUUUAUUUUUUUGCUCGUGAGAGAAUCGAAAUUGUUCUUUUUUCUUUCGUUCAACUUAAGUAUAUCGGCCCCUUUUUUCCGACACAUGUACAAUAUUAUCCAUCGAAAACGACAUUUAUCUGUGGUCUCAGAACCAACAUAGAAAAAAAAUAUGCGCAAUUUUUUUGAAAUUGUACAAAAAAUAAACAAUGCUGACAUAUCGAGCAACAAAACUUA